GACAGUGGAAGGGGACCUGCAGCCAGCCAACAGCAGACAGACAUCUUGAGGACAGUGGAAGGGGACCUGCAACCAGCCAGACAGCAGACAGACAUCUUGAGGAGAGCGGAAGGGGACCUGCAACCAGCCAGACAGCAGACAGACAUCUUGAGGAGAGCAGAAGGGGGACCUGCAGUCCUGCGUGGUGGAGAUUAGGUCCCAAGACUAGCAGCCCAGUAGACCUUCACCGUAAUUUAACUAGGAAAGACCCUUGAGGUUCUAAGCUUUGUUGCAGAGAGCUAGUCAUGGGGAAACAGAACAGCAAACUGCGUCCUGAAGUGCUGAACGACCUACGCGAGAACACAGAGUUUUCUGACCACGAGCUUCAGGAAUGGUACAGAGGCUUCCUCAAAGACUGCCCCACGGGCCACCUGACCGUCGAAGAGUUCAAGAAGAUCUACGCCAACUUCUUCCCGUAUGGCGACGCUUCCAAGUUCGCCGAGCACGUCUUCCGGACAUUCGACACCAACGGCGACGCCACCAUUGACUUCCGGGAGUUCAUCAUUGCGCUGAGCGUUACGUCGCGCGGCGGUCUGGAGCAGAAGCUGCGCUGGGCCUUCAGUAUGUAUGACCUGGACGGGAACGGUUACAUCAGCCGGGCUGAGAUGCUGGAGAUUGUACAGGCGAUCUACAAGAUGGUGUCCUCAGUGAUGAAGAUGCCAGAAGAUGAGUCGACGCCAGAGAAACGGACAGAUAAAAUCUUCAGACAGAUGGACGUAGACAAAGACGGCAAACUCUCUCUGGAGGAGUUCAUCAAAGGUGCCAAGAGUGACCCUUCCAUCGUCCGGCUCCUGCAAUCUGACCAGGGGACCUCUCGCCAGUUCUGAAGACACACACACAUAGUUCUGAAGACAAAGUGGAGAUCACUGUAUCAUCCCCCAUCCAACACACACACACACAUAUGAGAAAGAGGUGGAAGAGGCACAGUUGUUAUUACAACACCCAUAUCAGGCAGCCAUUUUAUAUUCUCUCAUUCCAUGUCUUGUUGUUUAUCAUCAGUAGUUCCCUAGCCUGAUCCCAGAUCUGUUUGUUCUCUCUAUUGCAUGGAGUUGGCUAGACAGAACAGAUCUGGGACCAGGAUAGCAGUUUCCAAUAUCCCAAUGCAGCGGUUUCAUGCAUUCUACAGCGAUAUGUUUUCCAUCAUGAAACAAAUUUUACACCCACAGUACCACUGAAUAGACUUAUGACAUUUCCUUGCAAAUGUUUUACUUAACGUUUUAUUUUUGCUUGCCGUACUUUAGUCAAGGUGAAGUGCCAUAUCUAAAUAUUUGUACUGAAUGUAUUAUUACACUAAGUAUUAUGACUUUUUCCCCUGAUGUGUCACAGUAAGAAGAAAUCAACCAAAACCAAUAUUUUGUACGUCAACCUGGAGCGGCAGGUAGCCUAACAAUUAAGAGCGUUGGGACAGUAACUGAAGGGUUGCUGGUUUGAAUCACCGAGCUGACUAGGUAAAAAACUAAAUCUGUCGAUGUGCCCUUGAGCAAGACACUUAUCCCUAAUUAUCUGCUAAAUUACUAACAUGUAAAAACCAUGGGUCAUCUCAUUGUGACCUUUGCUCUAAAUGUAAUAUUAGUUAGGCACAUUCAAAAAUGUCUUUCACUAUAUACCGUUUCUGCAGCACAGGAAUUUUGAAAAUGAAUGUUUUAAUACCCAGCUGUACAGAAAGUUCCAGUGAUGUUGUAUUAAAACCAGUAUCUUGUAA